AUGCUGCCCACUCCUUACGUCAAAUGUGACUAUUCCAAGGUCUAUGAACCCUCAGAAGAUAGCUUUCUCCUACUGGACGCUCUAGAAGAGGACAAGCAAUAUCUACAACAAAAAUUUCAAAAUCAAUUAGCUGUGGUAUGUGAAUUGGGACCUGGAUCAGGCAUUGUUACGACUUUCUUAAUGCAAAAUGAAAUUCCUAUCAAGAAUUCUUUGUACUUUGCAGUUGACAUCAAUCCAUGGGCAUUAGAGACUACCUUAGAUACAGCGAAGAGAAAUAGUUGUGAAAAAUAUUUUAUGGAUCCAGUACGAUCAAGUCUCUGUUCUUCAUUUAGAAAUAAUGAAAUUGAUCUUUUAGUAUUCAAUCCACCUUAUGUCCCUGCUGAAGAAGUACCUUUGAUACCGAAAUCAAAGGAAUAUAUCGACGAAUGGCUCGAUUUAGCCUUGUUAGGCGGCAAAGAUGGAAUGGAUGUCACUCAAAUUGUUCUAGAUAAUUUGAAUCAGACACUUUCUACCAAAGGCAUAGCUUAUAUAUUGUUCUGUGCAAGAAAUAAACCAGAGGAAGUUGUAAAACUGAUGAAAAAGAAAUAUAACUGGGAUAGUAAACUCAUUGUCCACAGAAAAGCUGGUUGGGAAGUUUUGAGCGUUUAUAGAUUUUAUAAAGAUAUCUAG